AAACUGAAUGCACAUAAUAUUUCUGAGGAAAACGCUGCGUUGCCUUAAACCUCGUAAACCCCUUUCUCAUGGCCGCCCUGAAGCUCUUCCUCUCAUCCGCUCGCCGUCACUGCCUCUUCCAACCUCACUCCCGUCUCCACCCGCCUCCAUUUCUAAGCUAUCACAGAUCCCUAAGCUCCGAAUCCGACCCAAACCCGGAUCAGAACCCUCCGCAACCUCCUAGACGCCAACCAGUGCCGGUCGAACCCGUUUCAUACACUCUCAAACCCAAGGAGCAAUCCCUACCUGAACCAGAUGCGACUCCCCAAGCAGCACAAACAUCACCGCCGCCGCCACAAAGCUCCAGUGACUCGCUCAACCCAUCGAGUCAGGACACUCGCGUCACCUGGACCCGUGAAGAGGCGCGUUUCAUCAGGGACGUGCCAUCUAUAUCUCCGGUAUCGUACCCGGUGAAAGUUGCUCCGUUACCGGAAGAUCGGGUCGCGGAGGAGAGCGGAGGUGGCGAAGACGGAGCUGGAAGGGAUGUGGAUGGCGUGAAGGAGUUGGACAGAGAGAAGCGGAGGAUCGAGGCCGAUGGUCGGAUGAGAAGGAGGCUUUUUAGGGUUCCUGAGGAGGAGGUGGCAGUUCCUUUUCCCGCGUUGAUUAAGGUUGAGAAGAAGGAGAGCAAGCCCAUUCUCGAUGUCAUGGACGCAAUUCGCCAAGUCAAGGCUAAUGCCAAGUGCAAUUUUGAUGAAACUGUUGAAGCUCAUGUACAAUUGGGUAUUGAUGCGAAGCGAAAUGCAGUUCGUGGUAACAUGACUUUGCCGCAUGGUAGUGGGAAGGUUGUCAGGGUUGCUUUCUUUGCUGAAGGCUCAGAUGCAGAAGAAGCUAGAGCUGCAGGAGCAGAUAUUGUUGGCGGUGUUGAACUGGUGGAGGAAAUUGCAAGCAGUCAUAAGCUCAAUGUUGACAAGUGUUUUGCAACAAAUGAAAUGAUUAUGCGUCUGGCAAAGAUUGCAAGAAUUCUUAGAGAGCGUGGUUUGAUGCCUGACCGUAAACUAGGUACUGUCACCAAUGACAUUACUGGAGCACUACAGAAAGUAAGACAAGGUCAUAUUGAGUAUAGAAUGGACAGAACAUCAAUUGUACAUGUGGGACUUGGAAAGGUGAGCUUUACAGAGGAUUAUCUCCGUGAGAACAUCGGAGCAUUUAUGAGUUCUCUUUUGCUGGCAAAGCCUACGGGUUUGAAAAAGUCUUCCAAAUAUGCGGGGUAUAUUAACUCCUUCCAUAUAUGUAGCACGAUGGGUCUAGGAUUUCCGGUUUCAAUACAGUCGUUAUCCAAAGCUGCAGAUCACUACAACAAAGUGCACCUUAAGGCUUAAGUGGCACGCUCUGUUAACAUUUUCGACCUAGAUCAAAGGUUCACUUUAUUUUCCCUGUUAAUUUUUACUGUUUUUAGGCAGUGAGGGCUCUCGGAGCGGAUGUUGAUUGACUAAAAUUGAAUGGUAGAUUGACCGGGUUCCGUGAGUUAAUACCUUGUCUUGCUUAUAUCUGCUGGUCGUCUGGUGCUUUUGCAAAAUGGCAUUUAGCUCUACUGCUUCAUCAUCAUCAGGAUCUUCAUGUUUCUCUGCAGUAUUUCUGUUUUCCGAUUUGGCUGAGGAUGUUCAACAUACUCUUCUAUGUGUAAAUGCAAUAAUGUUAUUUGACUAUAUGGAAAACGUAGAGAGUGAGAUGGGUCCUUAUCGGUCACUACGAACUUGCUUUUUGACGAGAAAUAUUUUGCUCACCGUCCGUAAGUGGAUGUGAUGCUCAUCACUCUGUUGAGUAUUGUUAGAUGAGUUUAUAUUGCGAGAGUUGUGUAGUAGGAUUGAAUUAAAAUCAUGUAACGGUAAUUAGUAGGGUGGUAAGAAUCACCAUCACUUAAAGUUGGUGAGCGAAA